AUGAGACAUCAAUAUAAAAAUUCUGAAGAUCACUUGAAUAAUUUGAGAGAUUGGUAUCAAAGAAGAAGCGCAGAUUUCAAAUCAUUUAAAUAUUUGGAAAACAAAAAGAGGCAAUCUUUUACAAAUAAUUUAAUAAAUGAAAAUGAAAAAUUGAAAAGAAGUUUGGAAAUUGAAAAUUUAAAUUUUUUGAAAGAAUUUGAAAAUAAAAUUAAUUUAAUUAAUAAAUAUAAAUAUCAACAAAAACAACAGCAACAAAAAAUUAUACAAAAUGAGGAAUUUAUAUUUAAUAAAAAUAAAGAUUUAUAUACAAGAAAAAUAAACUACUCGCAACUUAAACCAGAAGAUUUUAUUGAAAUUAGUGAUGAAGAGGAAGAAGAGGAAGAAGCCGAAAAUGAUGAAAAUAAUUUUGUUGAUGUUGAAACUUUUGGAAAUUCUUUGACAGAAAAUGCUGACAAUUCUUCUUUUCCUUUAUUUAACCAAACAAAUUUUGAAUUUAAUAAAAAAUCGCCAACAAUUUCCAAUCAAAACAAUUCUUCCACAAAUUCUUCUCCAAUUUUUAAAUGGCUAGAAUAUUUUGAUAAUUUUAAUUCUAAAUUGGUAAAAGAAGUAAAGGAAUUCCAAGCAGAUUUGACACAGAAACAACUACGUCAACACUUAUCAAGAACUCUAGCUGAACGUAUUAACGACACAUCUAAAAAGACUGUUACAAAUCAAGAAAUUGCUGAACUCUCCAAUUUUUUCGACGACUUAUUUAAAGGCCAAACAAUGAUUUCCUGCCGAGACAAUUUUGAAUUUAAACUGGAAAAGGAAGAUAAACAACAAAAUUUUUAUGCAAUGAUGACUAUUUGUGACAGAUACAUUGAACAACUUAAAUGGGAAGCAGAACUUGUUGAUCAAACACGUUUAAUUAUUGUUUUACUAAUGAAGAAUCAGCCGUUUUUCUAUGAAAUUUUUUGUGCUAGAAUUGUUGCUUCUUUAGUGCUGAUUUCUUUUGAUUUGGAGAAAAUAAUAAACAAAAUCGAUUUAUUCGAAAAAGAAAAUUCACAACAAACCAAUUCAGCACUUUCCCAUUGGAUUUCUGACGAACAAAUAAUCUUCAAAUUAUUUUGUAAAGUUCAAUUAGCCUUAAAAUCCUCAAAAAUAAAAGAAAAUUGGGAUGAAAAUAAACAAGAAAAUUUUUGGAUUAAACAGAGAGGGCCGAAACUUUUAAUCAUGUUUUUUGAGGAAAGUGUUAAAAUGGCUGAAGAUGUUCCUCUUUGUUCCCCUUUUGUUUUGGAAGAAAUGUUAAAAAAUCGUUCAACAAAAAGUAUUAUACGUCAAUACCCAGAAUUUUCUGAUGAAUUAAAACAUUUAUAUAUUCCAACAAUUAAACAAAAAUUAAUUAAAAUGGAAGAAAAUAUAUUUUUAUUAGAAGAAUUGGAAUUAAAUGAAGGAAUUAAAAGAAUAUUAAUUUCGAGACAAAAAUAUUUAAUUUGUUUAUUGGAAGCAGAAAUUAAUAAAUUUGAAGAAAAAAGAUGA